UCGGCGGCUCAGUGAUGAGAAAAUUCCUGCAGGAAGAACAACUGGAUGAACUCGAGAGCUGGAAGCUAGCGGGAAAAAAAAGGACAACUAAACGACUAAAACAACAUUCCCAAGCCUAGAUUUCCACCUUAUAUAUUCCCAGGAAGUCAUGGCGACUCAGCUCGUGUCCCGAGUCAGAACCGACCCGUUAGCCUGCUAGCUUUCCCGUCCCUGUGCUAAUCAUCGGUUCGGUCAUGAACCACACGCCCAGCCCUCACAUGGCCGAGGCGGCUAAAUCGGGUCUGCUGUGCGGCCUGGGCGUGGGUCCGGACCGAGUGCGCUCUCCAGACAGCAUGACCCACACGCCGAGCCCCACGGCGGGCACGCCCAGCGCCAGCCCUCCCCUGCUGCUGUCGCCCGGUCUGGGCUGUGACGGUAUCGGUACCGGAGCGGACUGGGAGAGCCGUGAGGAGCUGCGUCUGCGCGAGCUGGAGGAAGCGCGAGCUCGCGCCGCACAGAUGGAGAAGACGAUGCGCUGGUGGUCAGACUGCACGGCCAACUGGAGGGAGAAAUGGAGUAAAGUGCGCGCCGAGAGGAACCGAGCCCGUGACGAGGUCCGGCAGCUCCGCCAGCGCCUCGACACGCUCACUAAAGAGCUAACGGGGGCGCGGAGAGAGCGGCAGGAGCUGGCCUCCGAAAACGAGCAGCUCCAACUCGAGCUUCAGAGACUCCGAGCCGAUCAGAGCUGUCCAUCAAACGCCACCGUCUCCUCCCCCAUAUCCAACUCGUCCACCGCCGAUUCCGACAGACAGCACAGCCACGAGGACGAGAGCGUCGGAGAGGGACCGGGUUCUCCAGAGCCGGAACCCGUCAGAGAUGUGGGAACCGACAAACCAGAAAGACAAAAGGAGCUGCAGCUGUUGGAGGCUCUGCUGAGGGCGAAAGCCGACGCUCCGGACUCGUGGGACGCUCGCAGCGUGAGCAGCCUGCGCACGGCUCUGAGCCGCCAGGACCGGAACAGGCUCCUGUGGGAGGAUCUGGCAACCCCGGACGAAGACUCCAGCAAGCUCAACGUUCUCCAGCUGCGUCUCGACGAGUCUCAGAAAGUCCUGCUGAAGGAGCGCGAAGAUAAACUAGCGCUCAGUAAGAACAUUCAGAAGCUGGAGACCGAGCUGAGCCAGUGGAAGCUCAAACACGAGGAACUCAAUAAGAGCAAACAGGAAGCUCUCAAACAGGUAAGAGAAGGAGAGAGACGGGGGAAAAAAUGUUUAAAAAAAAAAAAAAAAAGUUUCAGCCAUCCCUGCCUGAAGAGAUUUAUCACGAACGUAGGAUUUUUCUUGAUCCAAGUACAUUUGUUUGUUUGUUUAUUUAUUUAUUUGUGUGUGUGUGUGUGUGUGUGUGUGUGUGUGUGUGUGUUGCAGGAGCUAGCAGACCUGCGUCACGUCCACACGAAGGUGAAGAAGCAGUACCAGGAGAAGACGGCGGAGCUAGCUCACGCUAACCGGCGGGUGGAGCAGCACGAAGCGGAGGUGAAGAAGUUGAGGCUGAGGGUGGAGGAGCUGAAGAAGGAGCUGGGUCAAGCCGAGGACGAGCUGGAUGACGCUCGUAACCAGAGCAGGAAGUUGCAGAGAUCUCUGGAUGAGCAAGUGGAGCAAUCAGAGAACCUUCAAGUUCAGCUGGAGCAUCUACAGUCCAGGCUGAGGCGUCAGCAGAACCCGGGUCUGUUUGGGAAGAUGAGAACGUCGUCGUCCUCGUCGCGGUUCUGCCCCGAUGACCCCGAGCGCCCGGUCAGCGACCCUGACGAAGAGGAGGAAGAGCUGCAGAUUCAAAUCCCAUGAACACAUCCCAUAAUAUCCGAACUGUGACCUUUAACCUGUCCGGCUCAUACAGGACACAGGGCAGGUUCUGAUGUGGAACCGUGUCUCUGAGACACAGGGACGGUUCCUCUGUGGUUCCUCUGUGGUUCCUCUGUGGUUCCUCUGUGGUUCCUCUGUGGUUCCUGUGCAGAAAGCAGCAGAGGAACUGGAGGAGGAAGUGACAUCAGCGUCAAACACAUUUCACUCGCAUCUUCUUCUAUUAUCGCUUCCACUGAGCUGUGCUCUCUGACCCUAAUUAUAGUGCUUUUCCACCGGACAGUACUGUACGCUAUGGUACCUGUGAGAGUAGGUGGAGCUUGCGGGGUGGUGACAUCAUUUCCUGGUGGUAACACUGAACCCAAUCAGCAGCGGAGAAACGUCAGGGUCUGAUUGGCUUUUAUCGUUUGAUCUAAAGAGACACGCGUAAAUCUCAACCCAUUAUUGAUUAUGUUUAGAUUAUCAGACAUGACUGAAGAUGGUGUUUGACCAAUCAGCACUCUGCACCAUCUCUAGCUCCACCCACACCGCCCUGUUCCCGUACCGUAUCGUUCUGUACUGUCCCGGCGUAAAAGCGCUGUAAUUACACGCUUCUUCAACUUCCUUUACGACUUUUCUAUUCCGCUGUGGCGUUUAUAUUUCUUCGUACAGAAUGCAGUGUCGUGUCGUCGGUUCUCGCUCGGUCGGUUCUGUGUGCCGUGUAAACGUUCUCCAGCUUCACACUCAUCUCCAGUGUAUUUGUUUUGCUCUGUGUGUGUGUUUCUGCGCUUGGACUGUAGGAGAGAGGGGGAUUAUGGGUACUGAAACGCUCUGUUUUGGUGUUAGAGUUCUGACACACCUAGCUUACCCGUGGGAUUUGGGGCGUGUCCCGAAUCAUCGGCAGUGGAAGAGAAAGCAAGCUCUCUGAUUGGCUGUUCAGAUCAUGAAUCAUAUAUAUAUAUAUUAGUCCUGAUUUUGCAUUAAUUACAAAUUAUGAAUUGUGAAAUUCUUUCCUCUGUAAUUUGUGCGUAUGCUGUAGUGUCGUUUUCGAUCAGCGCGUCAGUCUUCUUGCGAAAUGUAAUCCACUGUGGAUGCUGUUGGCUCCGCCCCUUUUUCUACGAAGAACGAGCUGCGCAUUCUGAGUGUGUUAAGUGCGUAAGAGUUCAUCAUCUCCGUGUGAUCACGUCAUAAAAUUAUGCGAAGUCCACAAAAAGUCCGCCGUGUGACACUGGUUUGUUUUUUUAAUUUAAAAAAUCGAAUCAGUCUGUCGCCCCCUGCUGGUGACGUUGCCUUCACGUACGUACGUAUGGCGUGUUUUUACAGGCGAUGUGAGAGAUGGUGAGGUGAUCAGUACUCGGCCCCGGUCCCUGUUCGGUUCUGUAACGUCGGCUCGGUGUGUCACGGCUCUAACGUCGAGCUGCGGUUCGUCCCGAUUUUACUGUUUAAGCAAUAAAAACAAUUCGCCUUCUGGACAAACAUCAACAACCAACAAUGAGGACCAAUACAGACUUACAGACUUCUUCUGUUCUUCUUCUUCUUCUUCUUCUUCAGCUGGACAUUUUUACUCGUCGUUCUGACAAAUAUUUAUAUUUUUUGUUACGUAAAUUGUUCUGUAUUACAGGUUUUUUGUAUUUAGCAUUAUAAAUGUUAAGUGUGUAUAAA